CAACAGCGCAUCACCAAAUCACGGGAGAAGCCUGUGAACAGUGCUUAAGCGUAUUAGGAGCGGCGUUACGCCUCCAUCGCCUUUUCUUUUGCGUCUGGCAGAGCUUUGGCGCAGAACAAGAGGAAGCCAUGGUGUGCAUUCCUUGUAUCGUCAUUCCCGUUCUCCUCUGGGUCUACAAGAAAUUCCUUGAACCGUACAUCUAUCCCGUUAUCGCACCUUUCAUUAAGCGCGUAUGGCCCAAGAAAGCGGUGGAAGAAACAACAGCCGCCAAACAAGGUCAAGGAGGCAGCGCUGGAAACCCACGGGCACCUUCAGCCACGAAGAGAGACCAGGAGGAUGAGUCUGGAAUUUAUAAAUUUGAAAGCAACGGCGUUGCAAAUGGAAUUGCUGCAGAGAGAUCCACAGAAGUUUCUGACAAGAAAACAGAUUAAAGGAAUUCAUUCCUAAGGAUUUUAUUCCCUUGUGUCCGAUAUGAACUAGGGACGUUUCUCUCACUUUGAGACUUUUUUCUUUGCACAUUUUAGCUGAAUAAAAACCCUUAUCACUUACAGGAGAGGGUCUCUUUUGCCACUAAAAUGGCAGCUAGCACAUUUCCUAAUUUAAAAUGUUUGAAAACCGAAGUUCUUUGUUUUCCUCACUGGAACUACUUUUCAUCUAUCAUCUGUUUGGUGUGAUUAGAGUUUAGGUUAAAUAACUUAUGAAUAAAUCUAGCUUUGGAAGGUAAAUGUGUCUUAGCGUCUUAGUUUCACUAACUGCUAGUGCGAUACUUCAGGCUUUCACCUUAAAAGCUAUAGCUAUUCUUGACCUUGCUAAAGAACUGUGAAUUGCAUUGUGGCAACAUAAACGUCAUGGUUAAAGGAUGAAGAAUAUAGGUUUUUCAUGACAAACCUGUGGCUGAGCCAAAGGAGUUAUGCUAUAUGCAAAAUUUACUUAGCUUGCUGAAGGCACAAAGUCUUGAUUUGAUACUUCCAUUAAUUAUUUACCUUGAAACAUUGUGCCUUUCUUUCCUGAAGCGGAGCAGCAGGGGCAUGAUGCAAGAGAACUGUUGCUUUAUAUUCUGUUGCAGUGGUUUAAAAAUGGUGCAGUUUUGUCUUUAAAAAACAGAAAAAUCCAACUAAAAUCUCUUUAACGCG